GUCCUGGUCCUGAUUUGGGGGAAUCUUCUUCUCUAAUUUUACUCCGUCCUCCUGGGAACGCCUCUCCGCUGUCAGGUCACCUAUUCCCGCUCUAGCUCCACUUUUCCAGCUAAUUGUGCUGCGGUUUCCCUCUGAGGAUCCAUUCUGAACUAUACCAAGUCCCGAGCGGGAAGGAGCGCAUCCUCCAAACCUCAUUCCUGUUUUCCGCCUGAAACGAUUCGGUUUGUUCCCACAAACAGACGCGACGUGUUCGCAACUUCCCAGAGGAGGAGCGGAGCGGGGAUGGACGGAGUCCUGGGAGGUUUCACACCUGAAACUGUGUCAGAGGACGUCUCCUGAUCUGUCCUCCUGUCCCCGUCCCUCCCUCCGCUGGAGCGGGAGGUGAAGAAGCUCAGCGCCCAGCAGCAGCAGGAUCACAGCAGGACGCUUUCCUCCGACUCUGCAGCCGCAUCACUGAGACCGGAGAGGCAGACAGAACAGACCGUGAAGUGAGAGGUUGUGGGUUUGAAUCCCGGCUGAACAAGGGAGCGUUCCUCCGUGUGUGAGCAGGAUGCAGCGGAUCAGGGAAGGGAUCCACAUCCGGACCAUGAAGGCCAAGAGGAAAGUGGAGGAGAUCUCCAAGGAGGACGUCCAGGCCUUCCUGAGGAAGAACGCGUUUGUCCUCUUCACGGUGGGCGCCGUGGUCGUAGGGAUCAUCCUGGGCUUCGCUCUGCGUCCCUACAGGAUGAGCUACCGGGAGGUGAAGUACUUCUCCUUUCCUGGAGAGGUUCUGAUGAGGAUGCUGCAGAUGCUGGUGCUGCCGCUGCUCGUCUCCAGCCUGAUCACCGGCAUGGCGGCGCUGGACAGCAAGGCGUCAGGAAAGAUGGGAAUGCGCGCUGUGAUUUACUACAUGACCACCACCAUCAUCGCCGUCUUCAUCGGGAUCAUCAUCGUCCUCAUCAUCCAUCCAGGAAAAGGCUCCAAGGACGAGUUUGGGAAGCAGCAGACCAUCGAGCAGGUCAGCCCUGCCGACGCCUUCCUGGACCUCAUCAGAAACAUGUUCCCUCCAAACCUGGUCCAGGCCUGCACACAGCAGUUCAAGACCAAAUAUGGAAAGAGGACGGUCCAUGUGACGAUCACAGUGAACGAGUCGCUCUUCAACUCCACCAACGGCACCCAGGAGGUCAUGGAGGUCACCAGGGAGGAGGUGAUCCCCAUACCUGGCCAGGUGAACGGGGUCAACGCUCUGGGCCUGGUGGUCUUCUCCAUGUGCUUCGGUCUGAUAAUCGGCAACAUGAAGGAGCAGGGCCAGGUCCUCAGAGACUUCUUCGACAGCCUGAAUGAAGCCAUCAUGAGCCUGGUGGCCAUCAUCAUGUGGUACGCUCCCGUCGGCAUCCUGUUCCUGAUCGCGGGGAAGAUCGUGGAGAUGGACGACCUGACGCAGAUGGGAGGCCAGCUGGGCAUGUACACCAUCACCGUCAUCAUCGGGCUGCUGAUCCACGGCGUUCUCAUUCUGCCCACGCUGUAUUUCGUCAUCACUCGACAGAAUCCCUUCAUCUUCAUCGCUGGGCUCCUACAGGCUCUGGUCACGGCUUUGGGAACGUCUUCCAGCUCCGCCACGCUGCCCGUCACCUUCAAGUGUCUGGAGGAGAACAACCGCAUCGACAAGCGGAUCACGCGCUUCGUGCUGCCGGUCGGCGCCACCAUCAACAUGGACGGCACGGCUCUGUACGAGGCGCUGGCGGCCAUCUUUAUUGCCCAGGUCAACAACAUGGAGAUGAACUUCGGUCAGAUCAUCACCAUCAGCAUCACCGCGACGGCGGCCAGCAUCGGCGCCGCCGGCAUCCCGCAGGCGGGCCUGGUUACCAUGGUGAUCGUACUGACCUCUGUCGGACUUCCUACUGAUGACAUCACUCUCAUCAUCGCAGUCGAUUGGUUCCUGGACCGCCUUCGGACCACCACCAACGUCCUGGGAGACUCGAUCGGCGCCGGCAUCGUGGAGUUCCUGUCCCGACAUGAGCUGCGCAGCCGAGACGUGGAGAUGGGGAACUCUGUGGUGGAGGAGAAGGAGAGGAAGAAACCCUACAAGCUGAUCUCCCAGGACAGCGACCUGGAGAACGACAAGCGCACGCACAGCGAGUCCAACAUGUAGGACCAGAACCAGAACCCACAGCUGGUUCUGGGACCUGGACUCCUGCUUCAGCAUCGGGUCACUGUCAUUUAUUCAUGAGGAGAAUCCAUCAUGACUGCAUUUGUUUGCCUGUAGAGCCAGUAGAUCCACUUUCCUCUCAAGGAAACGUUUUGCAACCAAACACAAAAAAACUUUCAUGUAAACGUAGAAAAAAAGAGGAAAGAAAGUAUAAAAAUGGCUUUAAAACUUUCCUCCGUCAACGUUGUAGUUUAGAUUCUGAGACGUUUUUUACAGUUUCAGUAUUUUGGUUUUUUACGGCCCUGAACUGCCAGUUCAGUUUUAGGUUUCAUUGUUUCUGCUGUUUAUGUCCAAUGAACGUGAUCACAUGAACGAGCUGAUCGAUCACUUUGUGAAAACAUUUUAAUUAGAAAAAUAAAUCCAGUAAAA